AUGGGCAGCGAGUCGAAGCGAAGCCUUCACAUCGCCAUGUUCCCGUGGCUCGCUCACGGCCACAUCACCCCCUUCCUCGAGCUCUCCAAGUUCCUCUCCCUCCGUGGCCACGCCGUCUCCUUCCUCACCACCCCCGGCAACGUCGCUCGCCUCGCCGGCGCCCACCCCGAACUCCCUCCCUCCCUCCGCCUCGUCUCCCUCCCCUUGCCCAGUGUCCCCAACCUCCCGACCUCCGCCGAGUCGACCUCCGACUUGGACAUCGACUCGGUCCCCUACCUCAAGAAGGCCUACGACCAGCUCGAGCCGGCCCUGGCCCGGUUCCUCUCGGACGGUCGUGUCGACUGGGUAAUCCACGACUUCGCCAGCCACUGGCUCCCCCGGGCCGCCGCUCGGCUCGGGGUCCGCUCGGUGUUCUUCAGCACCAUCAACGCAACCUCGCUCGCCUUCCUCGGCCCGCCGUCGGAGCUCCUCGGAGGCCGGUGCCAUAAGCCGGAGGACUUGACCUGCGUGCCGGCGUGGAUCCCGUACGAGUCCACAGCUUGCUUCAGGCUUUAUGAGGUACUGAAGCACCAGCGGUGCAUGGACGAGGAGGUCUCCGAUUUCUCCAGGUUCGGUCACACGAUCGACGGCUGCGACUUCGUGAUAGUGAGGAGCUGCCACGAGUUCGAAUCGGAGCCGUUGAGCUUGUUGCCGGAGAUUUACCAGAAGCCCGCGAUUCCAAUCGGGCUAGUGACUCCAGCUAUCCGAGACGAGGUUGGAGCCGACGAUGAGAAAUGGAAAGCCCUGGAAAGUUGGCUCAGCGCCAAGCGCGAGAAAUCGGUUCUUUAUAUCGCGCUUGGAACCGAAGUGAUUUUGAGUAGCGAGUUGACGAACGAGUUGGCCGCCGGGAUUGAGAAGUCCGGGUUACCGUUCGUUUGGGUGGUUAGGAACUGCCUGGUGCCGGCCGGGUUCGAGGAACGAGUCUCGGACCGAGGGUUCGUCUGGGCGGGCUGGGCCCCGCAGACUCGGAUCUUGGCCCACAGGGCAACCGGCGGGUUCCUGACGCACUGCGGCUGGAACUCCACGAUCGAGGCGCUGAGCCGCGGGCUGCCCCUGGUGCUAUUCUCCGGGGGGAGCGCGGACCAGGGCGUGAUGGCCCGUUUCCUGCACCAGAAGCGGGUCGGGUUCGAGGUGCCCCGGGAUGAGGCGGACGGGUCAUUCACGGGCGACGUGGUGGCCAAGUCAAUCCGGCAGGUAAUGGUGGAGCCCGAGGGCAAGCCGAUUAGGGCAAAUGCAUCGGCCAUGAAGGAGGUGUUUGGCGACAUGGAGUUGCAAAACAAGUACAUGGAGGAAUUCGCAGGGAUCUUAGAGAAAAGUGCCACUAUGGACCAAAAGAUGGCGAAGUAA